GGGAGCCAAUGGCUCGCGUCAACGUGAAACGUCAUUUCUGGUGGCGGUAAAUGAAAUGGCGAACGUCGGAGGGGGCGGCGGUGGUGCGGGCAAGAUGGCGGAUAAGGAGAAGAAGAAGAAGGAGAGCAUUUUAGAUCUCUCCAAAUACAUCGACAAAACGAUCCGGGUGAAGUUCCAGGGUGGGAGAGAAGCAAGUGGUGUCUUGAAAGGAUUUGACCCUCUACUGAACCUUGUGCUUGAUGGUACCAUUGAAUAUAUGCGAGACCCAGAUGAUCAAUACAAAUUAACAGAAGACACACGUCAGCUGGGACUUGUGGUCUGCAGAGGGACUUCUGUGGUUCUCAUUUGCCCACAGGAUGGAAUGGAAGCGAUUCCAAACCCUUUCAUUCAGCAGCAAGAUGGAUAAUGGCUCUGGGCUGUCGUUGAAGACUUUUUGGGUGCAAAUCAUUGGAGGAAGAUUGGAGAAAUCAGUGUGUGAGAAGUUUCAUGUUUUUGGAGAGAAGUUUGAAUGCAUGUUUACUGGUGUGGAAGAGCAGUUGACUUUCAUUUUUGUGGCUUUUUGUGAACAGGAAGAGAAUGAGAUGUGAUGUGCAAGGCACAAGUUCUGAUUAAUUUCCCCCCCCCCCCCCUCCCCCCCUAAAUAAAUGUGAAGCUCUACAUUAAGAGCUGAGACAAGAGAAUAUUCUGCCUAUGAAUUGUCAGAAGCCGUCCUGGUAUUGUGAGUCUUGAAACCACCACAUAAAAUUAGUAAAUAUUUCUCUGAACACUGGUCAUUUGAUCUGCAUUUUUAAGUAUAUUAGAAUGUAUUUGAAUUGAUCUGAAUACAUUAGAACUUGUUUUUUUCCCUCUUAGAUGUCAGUACUCAACUGGGGAGCGUUUUGCAUCGUGUUUUAGGCUUCCUCCUGGUGAGUUAAUCUCUGUUGCCUCCCUGCUCCAGUACAAGGAAGACAAUUACUUUGAUCGCAUGGUAUCACCUUUACAAGCUAUGUAGCUAAGAAGGUAUUUUUUAGCACUUGUUGCGAAUCUUUUGGGCUGUCAUUGUGAAUUGGAAGGCUCCCAAUUUUUAAAUAAAGACUGGAGUCCCUCGUCAGGUUAUUGUCUCAGCUGGGUGAUACAAACAUGGAAGUGUGUUUGCUAGUGGGAAUUGUAGGGGAGGAAUUAUUAAGAUCCUAAUGUUCAAUGGAAGCAGUGUCUGGAAAUACUGCAUAUUUUUUUAUACUCUAGCUAUCUACUUGUGGUUGCACUUGUUAUAAUUUGAUUUGUAAGUAAACUUUUUUUUAUUUCUUCACAAGUAGCAAGAUUUGAGGAGUUGUGAACAAAUAAAUACGAAUUAAACUGUU